UGGGUUUGUUUUUGUUUUGUUUUGUGUCAUGCGCGGGCAUGAGGUGCGCUUGUGUGUACACUUUCCUGUCCGGCUGAAUGAACAUUUCAUCAGUGCUGAACUUGGAAAUGUCACAGGAACGAACAUUAACGCCGUAACGAACGGUUAGUUUUUACAUAAUGGGAGUACAAGGACUUUGGCAAGUACUCGAGCCCGUUGGGAAGCCGGUGGCAUUGGAAACACUGGAAAACAAAGUUCUUGGUGUUGAUGUCAGCCUGUGGCUGCAUCAAGCAGUUAAAGGAAUGCGAGAUGGCCAGGGACAACCAGUGAGCAAUGCACAUCUUAUGGUCCUUCUGCAGCGCGUCUGCAAGCUCCUCUUCUACCGGAUCAAGCCUGUCUUUGUUUUUGAUGGUGGAGUGCCUCAGCUGAAAAGACAGACGCUUGCAGCUCGUCACCAGCGUCAGGCCACAGCUCUGGAGGAGGCACAACGCCAGCGUAUGCGCAGGGUCCUCAUUGCUCACGCUCAGCGUAGGCUGCAGAAAAUCCAGGGCACUCCCCAGAGUCCCAAGAAGGUCCUUCAGAGGUCCCCAAAAAAGUCUCCCAGAAAAGGCCCCACCCCACAGGCGGACAUCUUUGAACUGCCGCCGUUGCCUGCACCCUUGGACACUCUCGAAAGUGAUGACGAGGAAGUCGAAGAUGCUUCUGCAGCGCACAUAGACGUUCCAGACACUGUGGACGUCGAGUCCGAAGAUUUUUCGAUGCUGCCAGCAGACAUUCGCCACAACAUCUUGGUGUCCCUUCAUGAUCGUCAUCGGUACGGUCAUCGCCGGAGUGAUCUCCCAAAGGACUCUGAAAGCUUCUCCGGUUAUCAGAUGUCACGCCUGCUCAAGAAACGUAGCAUCCAGCAGAAGCUCGAGGAAGCCCGCCGCGACCUGUCCCACUUCCGGAGCCAGCAGUGGAUCGCACGUGAAGAACAACAGGCCGAUAUAUAUCGCGUCGCCUCCGAGACUAACGCCCACCAGAUCUUAUUGAGGAAGGGCGUGAGCAGCAGUGAUGCGGAUGACAAUCCUUCUAGUUGCCAAGUGGCCACCGCAGAUGUGUCAGCAGAAACAGAACACAAUGACACUGUCCAGCCACAGAGGUCAUGGACGUUACUCAGGAAGGACCGUCCACGUACAGAAGCUCAAGGUAGUGCUUCCAGUCAGCCAGGAACUUCUGGAGGUGCUGGUGUCUGUUCCACGCACAAAAUUUCCUUGUCUGGAGAACCAGCUGGCGUAACAGAUUCAGCGGACAGCACGCCACCGUUUGAUGAGUGCAACGCCUCCUCCUGGUGUGCUGAAAGCGUCGGUGUACCUGAAAUAUCACCAAAGUCACCAGAACUACUUCGGCUGUUGGGCAUGCCGUAUCUGGUGAGCCCAGAAGAAGCAGAGGCGCAGUGCGCCCAGUUGGAGCAGCUGGGACUCACCCAGGGCACGGUGACGGACGAUAGUGACGUCUGGCUCUUUGGUGGCACUUCUGUCUACAAGCACUUCUUUCAGAGGGAAAAAUUUGUGGAGCAUUUUUCCUACAACGACAUCCUCCGGCACUUUGGACUUGAUCGUCAGAAGAUGAUUGCAUUUGCACUUCUUUCGGGCAGCGACUAUACAACUGGCAUAUAUGGAGUCGGUCCGGUCAAUGCGAUGGAGAUUAUCAGCGAGUUCCAGGCGACAGAUGCCAUAGGCACACUGUGUGCAUUCAGGGAUUGGCUGGAAAAAGCCAAGCUUGAGCAGGUAUCACCAGGAAACAGAACCCGUUCCCAUCUGCUUCGGUUUGAACUGACGCCAGGCUUCCCUAGUAGCGUCGUCGUCGAUGCGUACCUCAACCCUGCCACAGAUUCAUCACGGGAGAUCUUCACGUGGGGGAUACCAGACUUGGAUGGACUUCGCACUUUUGGACUGCAAAAACUUGGUUGGACGCAAGAGAAGAUGGACUCUCUACUUCUGCCUGUGCUCAAACGGUUGCAGGAGAAACAAAGCCAGUCACGGAUAGACAGCUACUUUAGCGUGGAGACAACCAAACGAGAGCAGCUAUUCCCGAGUAAGCGCCUUCGUCGUGCUACCAAGAAAGUGGCCCAGAAGUCUGCAAAGCGAAGAGAAAUUCCACUCCAGGAGCCAGCUCUGUCGGAAGAAAGCGACUAGGGACCAAAACACAACCUCGAAACUGUUACACAAAAGUAAUUUAUGAACUGUUGUUAUACAUUGAGACAAUGUACUGCCUGAGUCUACAUCAUGUUUAAUAAACACAUUAUACAAUCA